AAAAAGCUCCAAGAACUGUCUUGUUUCCAGGCUACGUCUUCUCACUUGCUAACAAGGACCUCUGAGUUCAGCAGCCAUGAGUUCAGACCAGGAAAUGGCCAUUUUCGGGGAGGCGGCUCCGUUCCUUCGGAAGUCUGAAAAGGAGCGCAUCGAGGCCCAGAAUAGGCCCUUUGAUGCCAAGACAUCUGUCUUUGUGGCGGAGCCCAAGGAAUCCUUUGUGAAAGGGACCAUCCAGAGCAGAGAAGGAGGGAAAGUGACGGUGAAGACCGAGGCUGGAGCGACUCUGACAGUGAAAGAUGAUCAAGUCUACCCCAUGAACCCUCCCAAGUACGACAAGAUCGAGGACAUGGCCAUGAUGACCCACCUGCACGAGCCCGCCGUGCUGUACAACCUCAAAGAGCGUUAUGCAGCCUGGAUGAUCUACACCUACUCGGGCCUCUUCUGCGUCACCGUGAACCCCUACAAGUGGCUGCCGGUCUACAACCCCGAGGUGGUGACCGCCUACCGAGGCAAGAAGCGCCAGGAGGCCCCGCCCCACAUCUUUUCCAUCUCUGACAACGCCUACCAGUUCAUGUUGACGGACCGAGAGAAUCAGUCAAUCCUGAUCACCGGAGAAUCUGGUGCGGGGAAGACUGUGAACACCAAGCGUGUCAUCCAGUACUUUGCAACAAUUGCAGUCACUGGGGAGAAGAAGAAGGAGGAAAUUACCUCUGGCAAAAUUCAGGGGACCCUUGAAGAUCAAAUCAUCAGCGCCAACCCCCUACUGGAGGCCUUUGGCAACGCCAAGACCGUGAGGAAUGAUAACUCCUCUCGCUUUGGUAAAUUCAUCAGAAUCCACUUUGGCACCACAGGGAAGCUGGCUUCUGCUGAUAUUGAAACAUAUCUGCUAGAGAAGUCUAGAGUUACUUUCCAGCUUAAGGCUGAAAGGAGCUAUCAUAUUUUUUAUCAGAUCACAUCGAACAAGAAACCAGAACUAAUUGAAAUGCUUCUGAUCACCACCAACCCAUAUGACUACCCAUUUGUCAGUCAAGGGGAGAUCAGUGUGGCUAGCAUUGAUGAUCAAGAAGAACUGAUGGCCACAGAUAGCGCUAUUGAUAUUCUGGGCUUCACUAAUGAUGAGAAAGUUUCCAUCUACAAGCUCACAGGGUCUGUGAUGCAUUACGGGAACUUGAAGUUCAAGCAGAAGCAGCGGGAAGAACAGGCUGAGCCAGAUGGCACCGAAGUUGCUGACAAGGCGGCCUAUCUCCAGGGUCUGAACUCUGCUGACCUGCUUAAAGCCCUCUGCUACCCCAGGGUCAAGGUUGGCAAUGAGUACGUCACCAAAGGCCAGACGGUAGAGCAGGUGACCAAUGCUGUGGGUGCUCUGGCCAAAGCCAUCUAUGAGAAGAUGUUCCUGUGGAUGGUCACCCGUAUCAACCAGCAGCUGGACACCAAGCAGCCCAGGCAGUACUUCAUCGGGGUGUUGGACAUCGCCGGCUUUGAGAUCUUUGACUUCAACAGCCUGGAGCAGCUGUGCAUCAACUUCACCAACGAGAAGCUGCAACAGUUCUUCAACCACCACAUGUUCGUGCUGGAGCAGGAGGAGUACAAGAAGGAGGGCAUCGAGUGGACCUUCAUCGACUUCGGGAUGGACCUGGCUGCUUGCAUCGAGCUCAUCGAGAAGCCCAUGGGCAUCUUCUCCAUCCUGGAAGAAGAGUGCAUGUUCCCCAAGGCCACAGACACCUCCUUCAAGAACAAGCUGUAUGAACAGCAUAUUGGAAAGUCGGCCAACUUCCAGAAGCCCAAGGUUGUCAAAGGCAAGGCUGAGGCUCACUUCUCACUGAUCCACUAUGCCGGCACCGUGGACUACAACAUCACCGGCUGGCUGGACAAGAACAAGGACCCCCUGAACGAGACCGUGGUUGGGCUGUACCAGAAGUCUUCAGUGAAAACUCUAGCUUUCCUCUUCUCUGGGGCUCAAACUGCUGAAGCAGAGGCGAGUGGUGGUGCCAAGAAAGGUGGCAAGAAGAAAGGCUCUUCUUUCCAGACCGUGUCUGCCCUUUUCAGAGAGAACUUGAACAAACUGAUGACCAACCUCAGGAGUACCCAUCCUCAUUUUGUGCGCUGUAUCAUCCCCAAUGAAACAAAGACUCCCGGGGCCAUGGAGCAUGAACUUGUCCUGCACCAGCUGCGGUGUAACGGGGUGCUGGAAGGGAUCCGCAUCUGCAGGAAGGGGUUCCCAAGCUACGUCUUCUCACUUGCUAACAAGGACCUCUGA